AAGGAAAUUAGAACAACUGGCCACUGUGGAGAGCGAAGAUGAUCAGUUCUGAUAAAAUCUGAUAUUCUCAAAUCUUGAGUGCACGAUAGUUUGGAAAUGUUUCAUGGAAGCCCCCGGAAAAGCCCUUUGUGAAUAGGAUAUUUUAUGCUGAAGUUGACAAUUGACUGCAGUAAAAUUUUCUACGUUGGAGUUUCCUCCUGGCGAUCUGGUUCCGCUCAGUGACUAACAAAAACAAGACGAACCGUGAUUGGUAUUGGUCGUCUCCUGGACAGCACAAAAAGAAAACCGCGAGAUCAACAAAAAAACAAUAUGCAGGAUAAUGAACAUUUGCAAGAGAACAUCAACAAACACCGCGAAUCACUCGAUUUAAAGCAGAACUUGUCUGAUUCAGGUAGUUACAAUGGAAGGCCCGAAAGUGGAACAAAAUCUUGGGCAGAGAAUGCCAUCCCGGAAAAUGAGAAACAUUCAAAUGAACCAGAAGCAUUUUCCAGCCAAACAACCGGUUCCCCAGAACAUUAUAAAUGUCUGACUUGUGGCAAGCAAUUUUCCCAGGAGCGGUAUCUCAGUAAACAUGUCUUAUUACACGAAGGCAAGUGGCGUUUUUGCUGCGACAUUUGCGGGAAGAAAUAUUUAUACAAGAGCCACUUAAUAAAUCACAUGACCUUACACACUGGUGACAAGCGGUACACUUGCGAUGUAUGUGGCAAAGGAUUUCGUGACAAUACAUCAUUGAAGACUCAUAGCAACAUGCAUUCUGGUGAUCGGCCGUACAAAUGCACUGUAUGCGACAAGGGUUUUACCAGUAAGACGUACCUAACGAAACACAUUAACACUCACAACCGUGAUCGCAGUCAUAAGUGUGAAGUGUGCGGUGAAGAUUUUGUCACUAAAGCUAAUCUAACCCAACAUAUGUCCAAUCACACUAAUGAUUAUAAGUAUAAGUGCGGGGUGUGCGAUAAAGGGUACAAUAACAGAACAUACUUAAGAGACCAUGAAUACGCUCAUACAGGAGAGCGACCUUACAAAUGUACCGUGUGCGAAAAAGGUUUCACCACAAACUCCAGUCUAACCGACCACAAGCGUGUUCACACAAAUGAUUAUAAGCAUAAGUGCGAUGUAUGCUACAAAGGAUUCACCUGCAGAUCUCAAUUGAAAAUACACGAACACACUCAUUCAGGGAAACGACCUUACAAAUGUAUUGUAUGCGGAAAAGGAUUUGCCACUAGCUCUGUCCUAUACCGACACAUGCCUACUCACACAAAACAAAAAUAUACGUGCGGUGUAUGUGACAAAGAAUACAAGUGUAAAUGGCGCUUGAAGGUUCACGCUUACAUUCAUAUGGAUCAACGUCCUUACAAAUGCAGUAUAUGUGAAAGAGGUUUCAUCGCAAAAUCUAACCUAUCCCAACAUAUGUUACUGCAUGAAAGUUUUCACAGGUACAAGUGUGAAACAUGCGGCAAAGGCUUCCAUCAUCAUUCGAGACUAGUCAAUCACCAACGCAUUCAUACGGCCAAUCUGUGUUGUGCCAUAUGUGAAAAAGUUUUUUCAAGAAAGUCCCAUCUAACCCACCACAUGUCCACCCACACGGGUGAUUACAAGUAUAAGUGUAACGUGUGUGGCAAAGGAUUCACCUCCAAACGCCACUUAAGAGACCACGAACACAGCCAUAGAGGCGAGCGACCUUACAAAUGCACUAUAUGUGAAAAACAAUUCACCUGUAACUCAACCCUAACACAACAUAUGGUUGCUCACACACGGGAUUACAGGUAUGUGUGUGAUGUGUGCGGCAAAGGAUUCGUAAACAGAUCUCUUCUGAGAGAUCACAAAAAUAUUCAUACUGGCGAACGGCCGUAUCGAUGCACCGUGUGUAACAAAGGAUUCGUUCGGGCAAACUAUAUAACUUCACACAUGCGCGUCCAUCACGGCGAAUCGUCAUGAACGUGAUUUAUCUAAAAAAAAAGGAAUUGAAAUGCUUUUGUAAAGCGUGUGUUUAUUUUCGUAAAACUACAAAAAUUCCUAAUGGCAGGCGAGUUUUGCGUAGCAAAUAGCACAUCGUUUGCAUUAAGUAUUUUACUGUAGGAAAAAAAUAAAAACAUCUCCAACAUUGAAACGAAAACCCCUAAA